CAUAAAUCGGUUGCAGAUUUGUUACCUAUGGCAUCGAGAACCAUUUGCAAAAAAUGAAGGUCUUGGCUGGACUUCUUUUCUUUGUGGCCUUCACUACCAGUUAUAAAAUCCCAGACGAGCAAGAAAGAGAAAAGAGAUUUUUCCUCGGGAAAUGCAAAGUGGACUCGGAUUGCAUCGGUGCUGAACGCUGCUGCAGUGUAAUAGGAACAUGUCACAACAAGAGAGGCGUGAACCAGUCAUGUAACUUUGUUAAACUCCAUAAGUGUGGUUGCCGAUCUGGUUUGACCUGCCAGCCAGUUUCAUCCAUUGCUUCAAUUCCUCUCUACCGUCGCUGCCUACCGGCGCCAACUGAGGAGCCAGGCUCGGGUGACAUACCGUGAGGGAAUGGUUUUUAGUUUGAAAUAAACGGUUGUUGAAAGACA